UAUGGCGUCCGGCGAAAACGUUUUGAUGGAAGGUCGCCGCACACGCUCCGGCCGAAAGGCCACAUCACCGCCAGCACCGGCUCUUGCAGUGUCCACAAGGACCUCCAAGCGCACAUCCAGGCGACACGCGCAGGUAAGCGUUUCUGAAGAGGAAGAGCCCGAGCAGCAGCUGCCACAAACAGUCAUCAGCAGCGAAACUGCCAUGGUUUUGGAUGAGGAGGACGAGGACCAAAUGCGCGAGUCCUCGCUCCAGGAGGCCUCUGUCCGAGAGCAGCAUUACGAUGAGUUGGCCCAUCUCCAGCACCAGCUGGACGAUGAUGUCGAAAUGAUGGCGGCCACAGAGACCGGGGUGGACGAGAAGAGUUCCUCCUUUCCGUUUGGCACAGUGGCCGAACAGCAUUCCGAAACGAGUGAUGAUAUCAAAGAGAGUCGUGCCGAGGGUGGCGUAGACACGCUGCUAGCCUCCCUGGCCGGGGAUAAUGCCAAUAGUUUGCCCUCCGUUGGGGGUAACGAUGAGAGUGACAGCAAAAAGGCCGCUUUCGAUUACAACGUGGAGGCCCUGGAGCCCCAUGGGGAGAAAUUGAACUCGUCGGAGGACUCCAGCUCGCAUCAUGCCAUUGCAGAGAGUCUGGGCGAUGAGGCCGACACCAGCAAUGCCACAAUAGUCAACACAGAGAUAAUCUCAGAGGAUGAACUGCCUCCACCCACCAAACCAGAGAUCAACGAUGCCGAGGAGGUCUCCGACGAAGAGCUGCCGGCUCCCCAACGCGCCGAGUUGCCCGCCGAUGCGGAGGUCAUAUCCGAGGAUGAGUUGCCUUCAAAUAAUAACAACAAUAAUAACAAUAAUGCGGGUGAGCCCAAGACUUCGACAAAGCGCAAAGCAGAGAAAGAACAGGCGGAAGAGGCCAAGGACAAUGCGGAGCAGAAGAGCAGCGAAGCAACCAGCACAAGGGAGAAGUCCGUGGAACAGUACAAUCCGGGAAGUCCGACCACAGAGAGCAACGAUGCCCCGCCAUCGGAGAAGCGGCCCAAAGUAGAUGACGCCGAGCACAAGGAGAAGAAAAAAGACAAAGAGCGUGAUAAGGAAAAGGAUAAAGAGAAGGAGAAGGACUUGGAGAGAGAAAAGGAAAAGGAGCGAAAGAAGUUGCCGGAUCUUGAAAAGUACUGGCGGGUGGUCAAAGACGAUCCCACAGAUUUUACCGGCUGGACAUACUUGCUGCAAUAUGUGGAUAGUGAGUCCGAUGCGGAGGCGGCACGCGAGGCCUACGACACAUUCCUUUCGCACUAUCCCUACUGCUACGGCUACUGGCGGAAGUACGCGGACUACGAGAAGCGGAAGGGCCUCAAGGCCAAUUGCUACAAGGUGUUUGAGCGCGGACUGGAGGCCAUACCGCUGUCGGUGGAUCUAUGGAUACACUAUCUGACGCACGUGAAGCAGAGCAGCGACGAGGAGCAGUUCAUCCGCAGCCAAUACGAGCGGGCGGUGAAGGCCUGCGGCCUGGAAUUCCGCUCGGACAAGCUCUGGGACGCCUUCGUGCGCUGGGAGAGCGACUCGAAGCGCUAUCAGCGCGUCAUACAGAUCUACGAUAGGCUCUUGGCCAUACCCACACAGGGCUACAAUGCACACUUCGACAAUUUCCAGGAUGUGAUCAAUCAGCAGACAAUUACCGCCUGCAUUGGCCAUGAGGAGAUCAUACGUUUGCGCAAGGAACUCCACGACCGGCUGCACAGCAAAUCGUCGAAAUCCUCAUCGAAGAGUAGGCGGGACAGCGGCAGCAGCAGCUCCAAGGAGGCAACGAAGGGUGAGCGGGAGAAGAAAGAGUCUGGAGGUGGAGGUGGAAGUGGAAGUGGAAGUGGAAGCAGUGGCGGGGCUGGUAAGUCGCCAAAAGAUAGUAGUGAAACACUUGUCGAUGAAUCAGAAAGUACCACCGAUCUGACCGAAAGCGAGUCAUCGCCCCCAGCUUCAAAGCCGGCGUCUCAGAUCGAUUUCAGCGAUCUUAGCACUCUCACCGAGGAGGAGGCGACCGUCAUCAAGGAUAAGGUAAUAUCCGCGCGUCGCAAGGUCCACAAGGCAACCGUCGGAGCGGUCACUGCUCGCUGGUCCUUCGAGGAAGGCAUCAAACGACCCUAUUUCCAUGUGAAGCCUUUAGAGCGUGCCCAGCUGAAGAACUGGAAGGAAUAUCUCGACUUCGAGAUCGAGAAGGGUGAUCGCGAGCGGGUGGUGGUUCUGUUUGAGCGCUGCCUCAUCGCCUGCGCUCUGUACGACGAGUUUUGGCUGAAGAUGCUCCGCUAUCUGGAGUCGUUGGAGGAUCAAAGCAGUGUCGUUGAGCGCAUCCGCGAUGUCUACCGUCGCGCCUGUCACAUCCAUCAUCCGGACAAGCCCAGCAUGCAUCUCAUGUGGGCCGCCUUUGAGGAGUUGCAGCUGAACUUCGAUGGCGCCGCCGAUGUUUUGCAGCGCCUCGAGCAGCGCUGCCCCAAUAUCCUCCAGGUGGCAUAUCGUCGCAUCAAUGUGGAGCGUCGCCGCGGCUCCUUGGAUAAAUGCCGCGAGCUCUACCAGCACUAUAUCGAGGGCACAAAGAACAAGGCCAUUGCCGGCAGCCUGGCCAUCAAGUAUGCACGCUUUCUCAACAAGAUCUGCCACGAUCUCGAUGCGGGUCUAGCUGCCCUGCAACAGGCCCUGGAACGAGAUCCGGCCAACACUCGAGUCGCUCUCCAGAUGAUCGAUCUGGCCCUGCAACGGCCGACUGUGGACGAGAAGGAGGUCGUGGAGAUCAUGGACAAGUUCAUGGCUCGCGCCGAUAUUGAGCCGGAGCAGAAGGUGCUCUUUGCCCAGCGCAAAGUGGAAUUCCUCGAGGACUUUGGCAGCACGGCGCGUGGCCUGCAAGAUGCCCAGCGUGCGCUCCAGCAGUCACUGAGCAAGGCCAACGAGUCGCAAAAGAAGAGCGACAGCAGUCCCAGUCGCAAGACCUCCUUGGGCAGCAAGGACGGUGCUGCUGCACCAGGCCCAUCCUCGGCCUCGGCGGCUGCCUACAACAACGGCGGUGGUGCGACCGGAGCGGCGGGGGGCCCCAACUACAACUACAACUCGGCGGCCUCCGGCUAUUACGGACAGCCGAACAGCGGCGGCGUUGGUGCUUAUCCGGCGCAGCAGCAGCCCCAGCAGCAGUCCUACGACUCGUACUACAACCAGUGGGGCUACGGAUCGGGCGGUGGUGGUGCCAGCGGCGGUGGCAACAGCGGAGGGAACUACAACUAUGGCCAGUGGAGCGGCUAUGGCAACUAUUACUAAGCUAAGUCCCUCAAAAAUGUAACCCUAAGAGCACCACACCCCCGCACACAAUCCUCGGUUUAGUUGUUUGACCUCCUUCGAUCCCCUAUCUCUAAUUUUAUAUUGAAUUUUAGCUAUUACAUACGACUAUGUACCAUAUAUCGAGCAUGUCCAGAACUAAAUUUUAUCCCAAUUGAUUUUUAUCUUCACAAAAAACAAGUUACUUUUCAUUAUGUGCGCGCUGAUAAAUUUGUUGCAUCUUGAUUGUUCUUUUACUCACCCACACCCCCACACCCCUACACACACACAGAAAUACAGUGUAUGCCCCCCGCCCGCCCCUCGAGUAUGCGUCGAAAUAAAAGAUAUUAACUAUUAA